AUGCGCACCUUCAUGCGGCCAGUCAGAGUCUCCGAGGACACUUGGGCCGUCAACCUUCCCCUGCCCCCGACGAGGCGGAUGCCUAUUAUUGACGCUGAGCAAGACUACGGCCUGUUUGUCCGUAAGGCACUCGAGCUGCCGGUCUUUCCCGACAAGCAGACGUGGGCGACAUUUGACGAGCUUAUUAGCUUUGAAGACCAGACGAAGGAGCUUUCAGAGGCGACUGGCAAGAAGGUCGUCUUCAACCAGAUAUCGUCCGCGGUCUUUGGCGAGGGAGUCAAGAGCGCUGGUACUCCGCCACAUAUUGCGCUGGCCAUCGAAGAGGUCUUCACAUCUGUCGGCGAGUUUGGAUACUUUUCGGAGGGCACUGUCGUCUCACAGGAGGGGCUCGCUCGCCAACCGCGGACGUGGAAGCAGUACCUGGAGGCUCAAGAUUGGAGCGAUGUGCUCGUUUGA